CCGUCCUCCUCGUCCUCGUCCUCGUCCUCGUCCUCGUCCUCGUCGCCUCCGGCCCAUUGGAGAUCUACAGGGCGGGCCCCUCGAAAGUUACCCAAAAGGGGGGAAAAAAGAAAGGAGAAGAAAGGGAAACGAAAAGGGAUGGUGAUGAUGAUGCAUUGGAUGGUGGAGGCGAGAAAGGGAUGCCUCCCUACUUCCCUUCUCGUCGCCGAUGCCCUCCUUUCUGCCGUCGAUGGAUCAAUUGCUGCCCUCGCCUUCUUCCAGCUAUUGAGAAUUCACUUCCGCAAUCAACAACUUGGGUGGACACGGCAAAAGAUUUUCCAUCUCAUGAUUGGCUCAUCCAACAUAGGUUACUUCUUGUAUUUCACAUCUUCUCUUUUGGCAACUUGUCAGGGAUGGUUGUUCUGGUUAAAUGUUUUUGGAUUUAUCCUCAUGGCUUGCCCUCAGAUUUUGUUUUUAGCUGCAUUCCUUCUGCUGUUAUCGUUCUGGGUUGACCUCUGCCAUCAGGCAAAAGAUGAAGAAGAAGAUGAAGAACAUGGUAUCAAUGAAUCUUUCUUGGAAAAGACAACGACUAAGCACGGUUUACUGCAGCAUGAUGGUCGUAGGAGAUGUUGUUCCUUCCGAAACAUUCAUGUUGGAAGCCGGCAGAAGUUCGUUAUUUUGGUUAUUGUACUGACUUUUGUGUUGAUGAUCACAUUUGCUCUGCUUAUCUGGAGUGGUAGAGGGAAAAAUCCUAUUGAUUCCUCUCUUAUGGCUAGGGUUUAUCAAGACAUUUUUUCUGUAGCUAUGCUUCUUCUAGGAGGUGCUUUGGCUUGUUAUGGCUUUUUGUUAUCCUCGAAAAUGAGCAAGGUACGAUCUGAAAUGGCUUCAACAGAAAUGUGGAAGGUUGCAAGUUUGGCUGCAGUAACUCUUGUAUGUUUCACAUCAUGUUCAAUACUGGCUCUUGUUACCAAUAUCCCUGUUCUUUACUACUGGCAUUCAGAUAAGUCAGUCAGCAUAAUCUGCUCGGUUUUCAUAUUUCUGUAUUACUUUAUAGGGUCUUCUAUUCCUUCUGGCUUUGUGCUCUGGAUUAUGAGAGAAAUUCCGCCUCCAGUUGUAGAAAGCAGACCUUCACAGUCAAGUGUGGUGACUUUUGUCAGGGACACAACAGGUGCACAGAAUCCUCAGUGGAAGACAGCUGUAGCAUCCUCACAAAGCAAGGCACUGAGAGCCAGUCCAAUAUAACUAGUUCAGUGAUCUUCUGCUAAUUUUCUUCGCUGUAUACAUUGGAGAAAUUGCAUUCUGAGUCGACUUGGCUGUUUCACUGAUGGGACCACCUGUGGGCAAAAGGCGACAAUCUAAUUAUAAAGCUCAUCAGGUUUAACUUUUUCCUACCGGGAGAAAUUAUUCAAGAAGUGAUCACCAAGAGAUGGUUUAUGAAGCAUUUGAUCUCAUACGGGAAUGCUGACUAUAACAUGUCAAUCUCAGCUGCGAUUGCCAGCCAAGAUUUUGAUAGUGAUUCGUCUAAAGGCGACCAAAUGUUUUAGUGAUGUCCCUUCUACUAGAAAGAAGCUGAUGUGGUAACUAGUCUGAACUAAUAUGCUUAUACAUCGAAUUUGUUCUCUGUUUCGAUCUUGGUGCUGUAGCUUCAAGAAGUUCCACUGUUACAAGUCUUUUGCGUUUGUAUAUAGCAAUUGUAAAUUUGCUUAGCUGGUGCCUGUGAUGAGAUGAUCUUUGAGGCGUCAAAUGUGCUCAUAAUGGCUGGUCUCCAAGAACAUCUUUCCUCUGUAGUAUGAUAUGUUAAACUGAGUUUGAGGUCGUCUCUAUUGCUAUUACUGCUGUUAUUAUAGCUAUUGUUCUUUCUUUUCUCUUA